GCUCACAGCUGGUAUACUAUAAAUGUAAACUGUGCAAUGAGGAACAUAAUAUACUAAGCAAUAAAAUAUAUUUAUUUACUAUUCUACUUUCAUUGUGUAUUUAAAAAAUAAAAUUAAAAUAACGUACUAGCAAUACAUUGAACGAAUAAAUAUUUUUUUUAUUGCAAGAUAACUGAUUAUUGUAUAAUAUAAAAACGAAUUAUACAUGAGCUUAGAUUUGGAACAAAGUAAUGAAACACAACAACUAAUGCAGAAUGAGGGGGAAGAUGAGGAGCAGAAGGUUUCUCCAUCAGCAACCUCUCCGGUAACUAGUAUUAAAAUGUCGAGCGGUGCAGCAAGUCUUACAUCUAAAAAUGCUCACGGCCUAUCAAACACAGCCAACAGUCUUAAUGAUUCGACCAAAAUGUCGUACGUCAAUGAAAGAAGACAACAUCGAGAUUUUAUGCGUUCUUACAAUAAUAGGCCUAAGCAUAUACCUAAAGAAACACCAGAUGUCAAGCACAUGGAGAAGGCUCUAUUAGAUUUACUUGAAGAUUUCCACACAGGAAAAUUAAGUGCGUUUAGUACAGGCUGUAGUAUGGAACAAAUGGUUAAUGUUAGGGAUCAGCAAGAGCAUUUGGCUCGGCUACAUUUUAAAUUGUAUGGUGAUCCAGAGAAACCAUCUGAGGACAAUUUUGAAAACUCUUCACCAAAAGAUAAGAUGACUCAACUUGUACAGAGUUUAGAGCAAUUGUCUGCAUCAAUUGAACAUUUGCAGUCAGAUGAAGCUGUUAGUUCUAGUAAUGAUAAAAAAGAGUCAUAAGGACAGAUCUUUUUUGGAUAUGCAUAUAAAAAUAAAUAAUUAAUGUAGUAGAAAUAUCUUAUUAAAUAAACAGUUUCUUUAAAAAACAGGAAGAUACUCUAUAUAAUUGUUGUCAUAAAUUAUAGUUCAUAUUAAAAUUAUUCUUCUAAAAAAAUUGUAUCACCUUCGAGGUUCCCCUAUAUUUAAUUACCUAUUAAAGUUAUAUAAUUCUUUUAUUUUAAAAUAUGUAAAUAGUAAGUGGGUGUGUUAAUAUUAGGUGAUAUCAUUAUUGUGGUCUCUUACUUAUGAAAUAAAAAUAUAUUGUACUAUAAACUAACAUUUUUUAUUAUCUUAUUCUGGUAUUACUAUGAUUAAUUUUUAUGUUUUACCUACUUUAAGCUUCUGCUCUGUGAUUCUCUUUUAGUUUUGUUUUUAUCAAAUUACUAAGGACGUUUAAUAUGUAUUCACACUUAUUUACCUUAAAACCUUUAAUACUCUUAUAUUUAAUACCAUAGUAUUACAGUUAAAUCUUGAAGCAAGAAAUGAGGUGUAGGUGCUUGCUCACUGCUGUGACCAAGCGUGUAAGUCAGUCGCGCUUCACAUCGCAUUGAGUGCGAUCGUACCGACCGUAAAUUUACUGCACCUUGUUCACAAACACAACUUUUGUGACACAAAUACAUAGAAAAAGAAGUUUAAUUCGAUUCUGCGCUUAAAUUAUUUUCAUAAAU